AUGUUCCGAGCAUCUACCUAUUACAGAGCUACCGAUUUCUACCUACACGGACAGAUCUGUGCACGCCGUUAUCAAAGAAUCGGUUUCACCCACGAGUGGGAAACAGUCGUCUCCCCUGUUCUGGACUUCCUGGAGACUCUACCAAUCGUCAAUAUGAAGUAG